AUGGUUAGGGAGCGAGUUGACUGGGAGAGUUAUCGCGAGCGGAUGUUGAAGCGUGUCAGCGAUUUUGAGAAGUCCAAAGCCGCCUUUGAUGAAGAGAAGGCCAAGUUUGAUGUGGACAAGAAAGCGGAGGAAUGGGGGCGUGAGGGCCUGAAAAAUAAACUCCAAGCUGCCGAACAGCAACUGGCCAAGGAGAAGGCCGAGUUUAAGCACAUCUGUGAGAAAUAUAAUGAGCGCGCGUUCGCGGCUCGCAACAAGAUUGUUGAGCUUGAAGCCAAGAUUGUUGAUCUCACUGCGAAGGUUGAGGAUGCUCAGGCUGCACAGGCUGCCAAGCAGCAGAUUGAGGUAGAGUUGGCUGACGUGAAGUUGCAAUUGUCCAGCAAAGAUAAGGAUCUACAGGCCAAGGAUGUCGAGAUCACUGAGCUGAAACGCCGCCUGAAUGACCAGAUUGAUAGAUACGAGUCCUUGGAAAUCGACCUCGAAGCGGAGAAGGUUAAGGCUGCCACUGCUGAAGAGGCACGCGCUGUCAGUACCACCGCCCUUAAUGUAGCGCAGACUAACUACUCUGAGGCGCAAGGCAUCGUUGAUACACUUGUCUCUGAGGCCGAGUGGGUGCGCAGUCGCGGAGUAGUGCUGGUUGCCAACUCUAUCCUCAACGCUGGGGAGCUAGAUCACGCCGUUGCUGCUCUGACAGAUGCUGCGCGCGCAGUAGGUCAUCGAGGAGGGUAUCUGGAAUGUGCCCAACACGUCGAGGAGAUGUUUGGACAAGAGUUUGACGUGAGCCAUUGUUCGGUGACCGACCAGGCUAAUGCCGAGUUGACGCGUGCUGAGAGUGCUUAUGAUAACCUCACAUUGCCUGUACUGGACUUAGUUGUGGAGGCUCUAAAGAAAGACGACUGGUGUCAGCGCCUCAAGGCCAUUCUCUAUCCACCGGUCACUGUUGAACUAUCGGAUGAGGAGGAGCCAGCUGGUGAUGACGGUGGAAACGGUGAUGAUGACGGCGGAAACGGUGAUGAUGGCGAUGAUGAUGGUGAUCAACAUUAUGAACUUGAAUAG